ACCUGACAGGAGCUGGAGCCGCUGUAGAGAUGAUCUGUAAGCUGUUUGUGUUCUGCUCUGUGCUCCUGCUGUCCUGCAGUCUCCUUUCUGCUCAUCCCGUUACAGACACUGCUAAAAUGACCAACAUUGGCCCGGAUUCAGUGGAAGAGGCCGGAGGUGUCAGUAUAGAUGAUUUCUCUGUAUCUGACCUCACUGAUGUCCUGCAGAGGGCAGCAGCCGCAGCACAUUCACCACUGCUCAACAGAGACAGUAUCAAAAUGUCUGGGCAGAUUUCUAAAGACGCUCUUAAAGAGUUUCUGCUGGAAAAGCCAUAUCGCCUGGUUCCUCCCAGUGGUCUUUUGGGGAGCAGAAGGCAGUUCAGAAAGAGAGGUGGCGGUGCAGACUGUUUCUGGAAAUACUGUGUUUGAGACAUUCACCACACACUCCACGCAGUCACAGGGCUUUUAUAGACUUUCCAACCACUCUGGACUCACAAUUAUACAACAACACAAAUGCAAAAUGUACAAGACAAAGUUACAGACACAUGCAAAAACUUGUAAUGUAAUGUAAAAUAUCUGCCCAUUUCUUUUUCUACACACAUCUAGCUUUUAAUGCAUCUAUGCAUUUUUACUGAGAUCCAAUAUUGAAAUACUUCAUUGCCAAUACUAUCUUUACAGAAGAGAGCAACAGCCGUGUGUUAUAAAGCGUGAAACUCUAAAUAAAUGCCAAAAUAAAACAAUAAUA